UGUUUAAUUGCGACACGAAUUGGACGCACAGAAGCUUGAGCAUAAACAAUACAUUAUAACUAUGGAUCUCGUACGAUAUAUAGCAUUUAUUCUACUUUUCAUGAGUAACCUAUCCUAUAAUGCAAGUAGCACUACGGUUCAAGAAGAGAACGAUAUGGAUAUGCAUCCCUUCGUUAAAGUCGGCAACAAAUAUUAUUUGGUGUUUCAUGACUUCGAUUUGGACUGGUUCGGUGCUGCUCAUUUUUGCCGUUCGUACGACAGUGAUUUGCUCACGAUUGAAUCGAAAGCCGAACGCGAUGCUUUAUUGGAACAUUUAAAGAGCAUGUUUAGUUUGGUGCGUGCUUGGACGAGUGGCAAUGAUCUGUCCGAGGAGGGCAAAUACAUGUCGUUCAAUACUGGACGCCCGAUGAUUUAUAAAUUCUGGGCUCCAAACGAACCGAAUAACGCGGGGGAUAAGGAGGAUUGUGUACAAGCCGUCCUAUACAGUGGUGGGUUUCACCUUAACGAUAUUGAUUGUUCGAAAAAAUUCCGUGUUAUAUGUGAAAAAAAGCGCCCACCGUCAAAUAUCGCUCGUAAUGCUGCCACGUCGGACGAAAAAUCGCAGUGUGAACGAGUCACAACGAAUUGUGCUUUAAAAAAACUAGUGGACGGUUAUCUACAAGCUUCAAGUAUAUUCAAUUGUACGCAAACUAAUGGGCGAAGAUAGUUUGUUGUAAAUAUUGUUUGAAAUUUUAAUAAAUCGGUUGAUUCAGAGAUUAAAAA